UCAGUGUGUUUGUCCGAGUCAGAAAAUGAUAUAAUAGCAGUCUCUCUAUCACGUACUAUUAAACAAAACUGUUUAGGGCUGUAGCUCCCUGUCAUUUAAACGCCAACAACAAAAACGAAACGUUAUCGUGUCGGCUCCAUUGUAACGUCUGUGAGCUAGUAGCUUUGCCUAGCCUGCUAAAGGCCCAUGUGUGUUCGCCCGCCUCAUGCAGACAGAACUACCGGCUCCAUUUGUUAUCCGUAUUCGACCCUCAGAUGCAGCGGUACCCUUGAUCUCAGCAUCCUGGAAGUGGAAAUCACGGAAGAGACUGGUGCUUCAUCUCAUACAGGUUUAGAGAGUAGCAGUGCUGGUUCUAAAGCAGGACAGUCUGGGGACGAGGCGGUGCAGCAGCGCACCUGUCCGGCAGUGGCUGUGCUGGGUGGCACCUUCGUGGCUUCACAGAAUGUGGCUGGGCCACCCCAGCAUGCCCUGCAGCCAGUCACAGCUGCCACUCUACCACCAUCAUCGGUUGAUGUCGCCACUGGAUCGCAGCAGAAAGGAGACUCAAAGGCUGCAUGUAAAGAACAGACCAUCACUUACGUUCAAAGAAACCGCGGCACCGAGGAAUCAGCGGAGAUAUCAGUUGCCCAAAGAGGACUGGUGUCAGCUACUGCUGAAGACACACAAAAUCUUACAGACACAUUGGAGGGUCACACUCCCUCAGACAGACUUUUUGAGAGCGGGACAGAUAGCAUUACACAGAAACAGGAUUUGCUUUACGGGUGUAAAAGAGAGCAAACAAGUCUUGCGUACAGGGAGACUGAUAUGGCGGAAGGAUCUGGCACAGGCCACUGCCAAGAUUGGAGCCAACACCCUGGAGAUGCAGGGGUUGUCUCUGCCCCUGUUGAGACAGAAAAGGGACCCUUGCCUCCAGAGACAAUCAAAUUGGACUACAAGAACAUGUCUGGAAAGCACACACCUAAAGAAAGCCCCUGUGUCCCAACAACAGAAGUCCUCCCAGCGGUCUCAAGUGCAGUUAAUACAGCAGACAGAGACAUGGAGCAGUCCCAAACAACUACCAUUUUUCAGACAAAUCAGACUUCUGCAUCAUCUGCGUUUGGCAUCCCACAGAAGCAAAGUACGACAAAUUCAGCGAAACAGGAUUGUAAACUUGACUCUAAGGCAGCUAUGGAAGUUGUCACACGAGAUCUGGCUAAAACAGACAAAGAAGGAGCAGUUAGUCCAAUUAAACCAAUCUUGGGAACAAAACAAGGUAAUAGUAGAAAUUCCCUUUGCUCAGGACAUUCAUCAUCAAAACAAGGAGGGGAGCACAUAACCCCCAAUAGUGGAAAUAGCAUGCCAAAUGAUCCGGAUAAGGGCAGCUGUUAUUCACCGGAGGUCUGUAGUAAAUCACAAAAGGCUUCACAAAGGACAAAAACACCUGACAUGCCCACCACACCUGAGAAUACACAGUGUGUGCAAGAGCUAAGCUCUCAGUAUGUAAGUUUAAGUGGAACUCCCAAAGUGUUUCACUUGGGUAAAGAGACUAGUGCAAGGGAGGGGCGAGGAAAUGAGAAAGUCCCUGUAGAUGGAGAUCUGUGUUUAAAUGUGGCUGCUAAAAAAGUAUUUUGCAACAUUUCUGUUGAUGAACCAAAGCUGUCUGGGCAUGGGACAUGCACUGACAAUGUACAGGUCCCCAUUGUGAAAGAAAGGUCACAAGUCAUGGUUUGCGCCUCUUCUGAUGUGAUUCUGAAGCAGAAUGACAGUGCCAGUCGAAUAGAAAUAUCCAUGUCCUCAAAUCACCAACAGGAUGGGAGCGUGCUGCUCACACACACAGAGAACUGUGUGGCUUUAGAGGGGCUAGAAUCAGAUCUGCCUGACUGUAUGGUCCAGCAUGUACAAGAGUCCAUUCCAGCUGAUCAUAAACCCUCACAGAUUCAGAUAUGCCUGAAUGAUACUGCAGAUAUCGUGAAUGUGGAAGAGAGGCAGGAAGUGAGUGCAGAGCCUCUCAAUGCUGUUGAGGUGAAAGAUUUGAUCAAUGUAGGUAUUCUAAUGCAGCCACAUAUGGAGGAUACCUGGCUGGUUGUAAGCGAGAUAGAUGGGCAGUCUGAGCAUGCAGAGAUGGAGGUCAGCGAGGCAUCUCUGGUGCAGUGCCCUGAAUCCCAGUCAACUGUUGCUGUAUAUGAAUGCACUGUGCCCUGCUUUACAUCAGCUGCCCUUCACAGUGAUGUUAAGCUGCUGUUAACUGACAAAGAAGAGGAGAAACCAAUGGAAACAUUGACGCAAGACUCACAAGCCCAGAGUAAUCUAGGGAAUCAGACCUCAUCUCGUCCUGAUGCACUCAAACCCACAGAAGAGUUACUUACCAUGGCCUCUACACAAAAAGAAGAAUCUAUAAUUGUCAAGCAAAAUGAUGAUUCCAGUCGGACAGAUCUUGCAAACACGUUGACAGGGUUAACAUGCACGGUGAUGGACGUCACACUUGACUCUGUGCGAGAACAGCAAGAAUCUGUUGUGGUGAAAAACACACCAGGUGUGUCAUUAAUUUCAUUGUCUUGUGGCACGAUUGAUCCAAAGCUACUGAUCUUAAAGAAGGCUGACAGCCCUGCCCUUAAACAACCUUCUUCCCUGUCUGCUAGGAUCUCAGCCACGCAGGACUCACCUGUCCCGGUUGGAUCACCCAGUGAUGGAUUAAGUAAAGCUGCAGAGUGCCUUGCUAAAACUGAUACAGCUGCAUCAUCCACCAUAAAGGAGGAUGCUAUCUUGCCUGCUGAUCGCCCUGUCUCAAACACUCUCUCUCAGUCCUCUCGGACUGUUUCCACUUCUAAUGUACUUUCAGAGAACAGCUCAGAGAAAGAAAACUUAAAUAAAUUAAAUAGUUCUGGCAAGUUGCUUCAAAACGAAUCCUCUGCUAACACUUCUUUAUCAACUUCAGUACAACUCCAUAACUCAGAAAGCCACCAUCCUCCUCCUGCUAGAGAUGUGUGGGGUACUGUAUCCAGUGUUGUCUCAGAGGGGAAUCGGUGUAAACUUCGGUCUUUGGCUGGUACACCAUGCCAGGAUUCAAUGUCUUUGGGGGGGGAACUGGAGUUGGAGCAGCAACAGUUACCGGAUGAACUUUUGUCAACAACGCAAGAUGCUCAGAACACCAUCCUGGAGCCACUUGACGCUUCUAUAGAAGAGAGCAGCGAUGGAGAGGUUGACAGCUCUAUGGAGGUCCAGAAUGAGGAUAGCAAUGCUACGCCCAGUCCAGCAGUGAACAAGCGUGGGCAGAGCAGGACAGACAGACAAGGCUUGUUAUUGAAGGUUUGCCAGUGGAUUGCAGGCAAGGUUACAGCAGUCUCUACCCCUUCCACCUCCCCAGUUCUAUGUCCAUCUCCAUCUCCCUCAUCUGGUGACUGGAUGCGUUCUCACACAGGCAGGGCCUCACCAGUACGCAACUUUCAUGGCAGAAACAUGCCCUCCACUUCCUCCCAGGGUUAUGGUGGCUGUUCUCAGUCAGAGCAAACAACCACCCCGAAAUCCACGCCAAAGCAUACAGAUAUGGCAGAACUGGCAAAACAUGAAGCAGAAAUAGAACAUCGUACCCUUGCACUAAAACGUGAAGGUUUCUGGUCCCUAAAACGUCUGACUCGUAUAACCGAACCAGUACGGCCUAAAGUGCAUUGGGAUUACCUCUGUGAGGAAAUGCAGUGGCUCUCUGCAGAUUUUGCACAAGAGAGGCGAUGGAAAAGGGGAGUGGCCCGAAAGGUAGUACGGAUGGUGAUGCGCCACCAUGAGGAGCUGAGACAGAAGGAAGAGAGAGCCAAACGAGAGGAGCAGGCCAAACUGAGAAGAGUUGCUUCUUCUAUUGCCAAGGAGGUCCGUGCCUUCUGGAACAGCGUGGAGAAGGUGGUCCAGUAUAAACAACAGUCCAGACUGGAAGAGAAGCGGAAGAAGGCUCUAGAUCUCCAGCUGGAUUUCAUCGUGGGUCAGACAGAGCGUUACUCGGACAUGUUAAGUCAGUCCCUGCAAGCUGCUCCUGUACACAGUUCAGACACUGCAGCUGUCUCCAAACAAUCACAGCUAAAUGUUGUUGAUGAAGAUGAUAGAGACUUUGAGCCACCUUGUGAGGAGGAGGAUGAUGAAGAGACCAUAGAAGUAGAGGAGCAACAAGAGGGGAAUGAUGCAGAGACACAGAGACGAGAGAUAGAGUUACUAAGGGAGGAGGGUAUUCUGCCUCUGGACCAGCUUCUCAGUACUUUAACUCUCCCCCAGAAUGUAGAAUCAGAAGAAGAAGCCUCAGAUACUACAUCUUCUACGGUUGAAGAGGAAGACAAAGAAUUUAGUGCCAAUGAAGAAGAUGCGGAAGAUGAAGAAGACACAAUUGCGGCCCAGGAAGUUAUUGAAGGAGGUGGAGACCAUGCAGAGGAACUUGAUGACCUUGCUAGAGAGGGGGAAAUGAGCAUGGAAGAACUCUUAGAAAAGUACAGAGGAGCAUAUGCCUCUGAUUUUGAGGAGCCAUCAGCCUCCUCCUCACCGGACUCCUCAGAAGAAUCAGAGGGAACUGAGGAGGAGGCGGAGGAAGAGACGGAGGGAGAGGACAGUGCUGAUGAUAGUGGCUCCUCCUCAGAUUCUCAAGUGGCUGUAGACAGUGACGAAAAAGAGGAGGAUGAGGAUGUACAGGAGAGUAAUGAGGAGGAUGACAAUGAUAGAGGAGAGGGAAUGGAAGUUCUGCUGAGAGAGGGAGACCAUAGUCCUACUGUACCAACAUCUCCCAGACCUAAGAAAGAAAUCAGCCACAUUGCUGCUACUGCUGAGAGCCUUCAACCUAAGGGAUAUACACUGGCAACAACAAAGGUCAAAACACCAAUUCCAUUCCUGCUUCAUGGUACAUUGCGUGAGUACCAGCACAUUGGACUGGACUGGUUGGUCACCAUGAAUGAGAAGAAACUCAAUGGCAUACUUGCAGAUGAAAUGGGGCUUGGCAAAACCAUCCAGACCAUUGCUUUGUUAGCUCAUCUAGCAUGUGUAAAGGGUAACUGGGGUCCACAUCUGAUCAUUGUGCCCACCAGUGUAAUGCUCAACUGGGAGAUGGAGUUGAAACGUUGGUGCCCAGGAUUCAAAAUCCUCACCUACUAUGGUAGCCAGAAGGAGCGCAAACUCAAGAGACAAGGCUGGACCAAACCCAAUGCUUUCCAUGUCUGCAUCACCUCGUAUAAGCUAGUACUGCAAGAUCAUCAGGCUUUUAGACGCAAGUCUUGGAGGUACCUCAUUUUGGAUGAAGCCCAGAACAUCAAGAACUUUAAGUCCCAGCGCUGGCAGAGCCUGCUCAAUUUCAACAGCCAGAGGCGACUGUUGCUCACUGGUACCCCUCUCCAAAACAGUCUAAUGGAGCUGUGGUCUCUUAUGCACUUUCUCAUGCCGCACGUUUUUCAGUCCCAUCGUGAGUUCAAGGAGUGGUUCUCAAACCCUCUCACUGGGAUGAUUGAAGGGAGCCAGGAGUACAACGAGGGCUUGGUCAAACGGCUUCACAAGGUGCUAAGACCAUUUUUGCUUCGAAGAAUCAAAGCAGAUGUGGAGAAACAAAUGCCAAAAAAGUAUGAGCAUGUUGUGCGCUGUCGACUCUCCAAAAGACAGCGUUUUCUCUAUGAUGACUUCAUGGCCCAGGCCUCGACUCGAGAGACUUUAGCCAGCGGUCAUUUCAUGUCUGUGAUCAACAUCCUGAUGCAGCUGCGGAAAGUGUGUAAUCACCCCAACCUGUUUGAUCCAAGACCCAUACAAUCCCCCUUCAUCACAAAGGCCAUCGUCUAUUCUACUGCUUCACUGGUUCAGCGGGCUCUUGAGACCUCACCUUUUGAGCGCUGUGACUUGUCCUUGUUUGACCUGAUUGCCCUGGAGCAGCGUGUGUCUAGAUAUCAGGCAGAUGUUUUCCUGCCUCAGAGGAAAGUGACACAUCAACUUAUUCAGGAGAUCAUGGAGUCCCCUGAUCCUCCUCCCAGACCGAAGCCUGUUCGCAUGAAAGUCAACAGGAUACUUCAGCCUCUUCCUAAAUCUGAUGGACGUUCAUCAGCAAACAGCCCUCGCCCUGCAUGUUCUAGCACCACGACGGUUCAGACACCAAAGCCUCUAAUUACAGAGGUCACCCCUUCCCAAGCUCCCUCUCAGCCAGCACCACAAGUUUGUCCAGUUACUCCUGUCGCUGCUCCAAAAGCUCCAGUGGCCCCUAGCAGCAUCCCUUCUGCACCUGCAGUCAGGCCGCCAGCCCCCCAGCCAGUGACUGUACGCUCCCCAGGACUGUCCAGCGUCACAACUGUGUCCACUCCCCCUCAACCACCAAGCAACAUUAUGACCCAGAGGGUCCUUCUCAGCCCAGAUAUGCAGGCUCGUUUGCCAUCCGGUGAAGUUGUGAGUAUCGCUCAGCUGGCCUCCCUGGCUGGCCGACCAGUGUCGUCCUCUCAGGGCAGUAAACCAGUCACCUUCCAGCUACAGGGCAACAAGCUCACACUCUCUGGGACUCCUCUUCACCAGGUCCCUGUUCCUCAGCCACGACCCAUCCAAGGAAAUAUAAUGCAUCUGGUUUCCAGUAGUGGGCAGCACCACCUUAUUAGUCAGCCAGCUCAGGUUGCAGUUCUUCACACAGUUAGUCAGUCAGGUAGCAGCUCAGCAAAUCCCCACCCAACCAGCAUAAUCCCAACCUGCUCUGGACUAGCAGUACCUUUCACCGCUACUCAAGUCCCAACAUCUAUGGUAAGUGGACCCGGAAUUGUAAAGAUUGUUGUACGCCAGGCACCAAGUAAAGAAGGAGGGUCAAUCCCGACUCUGGCUGUGCCUCCUUCUCCUCGUCCUGCGCCUCCUCAAUCAGUCACCCUCCACCCACAUGGCACUGCAAGCCCUGUUCUUAGAGCACCCACUGCUUCACAGCCUCCACAACGACCUCCAGUUUAUGCUGCUCCACCUCGUCUUGCUUCCUCCCAGACUCCACCUACUCGUCCUGUAUUGAGAGUAGUGCAGGGACCACUACCACCAGCCCCAGAACCACCAGUAACAAAGGCAAAUUCAUCAUCAGUACGUGAGGACAGUGGUAAUGAUGUGAUUACAUUGCGCAUGAGCACUCCUAAGCCUGCAUCCUCAUCUCAGAGCAGUGGGUCAACAUCUCAGCGUCCCCGUGUUCAACCACCACCUCCACCACGUUCCCCCUUCUACAUGUCAUGGCUUGCAGACAGCCGAAAGGCUCAGCGAGACAACCGGAUCUCUCAAAUCAUGCGCAUCAACGAUCUGCACUGCAGUGCUAACCCUGUGUAUGGCCAUGAGGUGCUGGACUUUCUAACCUUCCUCCCAGGCCCUUGUCCAUCUCCGCCACGUCCUGUUAUAAACAACUGGAGUUACUCGGGUUAUAGCUCCUGCCUCACUGCUCAAUCACACCAUACCAGUAGCUUCCUGGAAAAGAGCCAUGUCCUGAAGGAAGCCAUCCACCACUCAGAGGAGAGGCUUCAACUUCUCUCUGAGAUCAUAGAGAGGUUCACUUUUGUCAUUCCUCCAGUGGAAGCAAAGCCUAUCACCAUGCACACUUGCCACCCACCUCCCUCCCUCAGACAUCAGCAAGGCCAUAUCUCCUCUGUUCUGUCUUCCCAUCUCUCCCCACUUACACAAACGUUCCAUCGCAUCCAGUGUAACAUGAGGACACAUUUCCCUGACUUGAGGCUUAUUCAGUAUGAUUGCGGUAAGCUGCAGACACUCCACCUCCUGCUUAGAAAAUUGAAGGCAGGAGGGCACAGAGUCCUCAUUUUCACUCAGAUGACACGUAUGCUGGAUAUACUUGAGCAGUUCCUCAACUACCAUGGGCACAUUUACCUGCGGUUGGAUGGAAGUACACGUGUAGAACAGAGACAGGCUCUGAUGGAGCGCUUUAAUGCAGACCGCCGCAUAUUCUGCUUCAUCCUGUCCACCCGCAGUGGAGGUGUAGGUGUUAAUCUGACUGGGGCAGAUACAGUGGUGUUCUAUGACAGUGAUUGGAAUCCAACCAUGGAUGCCCAAGCUCAGGACCGCUGCCACAGAAUUGGACAGACAAGAGAUGUUCACAUCUAUAGGCUAAUCAGUGAGCGCACAGUUGAAGAAAAUAUUUUGAAAAAAGCCAAUCAAAAGAGGAUGUUGGGAGAUAUGGCAAUUGAAGGUGGAAACUUUACCACUGCCUUUUUCAAGCAGCAUACUAUCAGGGAGUUGUUUGAUGUGUCAGAGGGAGAGAGGAAAGAGGCCGAAAUGAGUGUGCCACAGUCAGAUGAUGAUGAGUCCAUAAAUAAACAACAAACCACUAUUUUGGAACAGGCCCUGUGUCGUGCUGAGGAUGAAGAGGAUAUAGUGGCUGCAUCUCAAGCCAAGGCUGAGCAGGUGGCUGAGCUUGCAGAGUUUAAUGAAAACAUCCCUCUGGAUGAUGGUGACAGCAGAGACCAGGAAGAGGAGGAGCUCUCCAAGGCUGAGCAGGAAAUCGCAGCCCUAGUUGAACAGCUCACUCCCAUAGAGCGAUACGCUAUGAAUUUCCUUGAGGCUUCCCUUGAAGAUAUUUGCAAAGAGGAGCUGAAGCAGGCAGAGGAGCAGGUUGAGGCUGCAAGGAAAGGGUUGGAUCAGGCAAAGGAGGAAGGUUUGAAACUGCAUCAGUCAUCUGACAGUGAUGAAGAUGAUUCUGUACCUCCUAGUACUGAGGAGCCUACUCCAUCCCGGCGCCCUCGCAAACACAAAGAUAAAGGUGCUCCUUCUACAAGGGUUAGUGGCAGACUCAGAGGGACACCUGCUGACGAUAUAUCCCUAACCCAGCCAUCCCCAGAGAGAGGCAGGCGGGGGGCAUGGAUGACCUCUGAAGGCAGUAUAAGCCAAUCCCUUGAGUCAACACAAAAGCCGCCCCUACACAGAGAAGUGCCUGAGAAGCUUAGCAGUGAUCAGAAAGGCGGAGGGACAACCAAAGAAUCUAUGUCCCUUAAAUCAUCAGAAAGCCAGACCGUUCAAACCAACCAGCAGCUCUCAGAUUCAACAGCUUUAUCCCCUACUAUGUGGGGUUCAGACCCAAAAAUUAGAUAUGUGCCAUCCCCCCACCAGCAGCCCAUCUCCCCAUCAAGCUCUGUGCCUUCAACUGCUGCAUCUCCUGCAAUGGACAAAAACUCUAGUGGCCAUCAGUCCUCCUCUUCUAAUGUAUGCAGAGAGGACAGUGAAGACCAAGGGGGAGAGCCACUGUCUGAAAGUGUACAGUGUAGCAGGAGAGACAGGAGAACCUCUGCGUCAUCAGACUCCAUCUGUUCUCCUGAACAUCACUCUGAACAGGAUGGUCAGCUCCCUCUUUCUCCUACUCUGGCAUCACCUAACUCUCGCUCACCACGAAAGCGGCAGUCAGCUGAAAGGGAAAUCCUCAAGGGACUUCCAGAAGAUUCUCCAUCAGCCAAGGUCCUUCGAAAGCUUCCAGGUCGUCUGGUCACAGUGGUGGAAGAGAAAGAGCCCAAGCGGAGACGGAGGGGCUUGAGUGGAAGUGGAGGAGCACAUACUGAGGGGUCAUCAGAGGAAACUGAACAGGCUGAGCCAGUUCCAGAACCAGCCUCUCAAUCAUCUGAUGGAGGAAAUCAAAUUCUUAAAGACUCUUCUCCCAAAUCAGUGCCCACAUCCUUAGCUUCUUCACCACCACCACCACAAGAGCAGGAUAAGGUCUCAUCUCCAUUACAGAUUAUUUCAGGAAGAGGGCACCACCCUUGUUCCCCAACACACCAUUCACCAGAUAUGCCUGUCCUACGGAACUUACCAGUACGCCAGAGGCUUGAGACAGAGUCUCGAAUGGCUGCACAGUUAGGAGAGCAAUUUGUAGGACGAGGUAAAGGGGUGGAUCGGAGAUCUACUUUAUCACCAAAGAAACCAGAAACAAAUUCAGACAAGGAUAGUGCUGCUCCAAGUGACUCUAUGGCAACGAAGCGCAAGAGGGGCAGGCCACCUAAAACACCCCCAAGGGCACUAGAGCUGCCAGAAGAGAAGACACAGGUAACCCAGAAAACAAGUCCUGAGCAGAGUCCCUCUCACUCACCAAAACGGAAAAGGGGUCGUCCCCGUAAAGAUUCCACCACAACUACAAGUUCAUCCCCAUCUUCUCCUUCUACAUGUGCUCCUUCCUUCCAAGAGCCUAAUUUGUCAAGGUCCAAUGUUAUGCCUGUGACUUUGCCUGCUAUCAGUAAUACUUCACCAAUAAGCUCUCCAGUCAACCCCACUUCACCCUCAAAUGCUGCUGAAGUAUCAUCUCCUAAACUAGAUUCUGAAACCAGUCAAAAAACUACAUCUGUUUUACUGUCUUUUGUGCAUAGAGACUCUCAAAAUAUGUCAUCAUCUACAUCAAAACUUGGUGUAGACUCACAUAGUGAAACUCACACCAAUCUGAACCCCAUAAUUGCAUGCAUUGACUCUGACCCCAGUACAUUUGAAACUUCACCACACAACACUUCAACAGCAACAAUCUCUCAGACAUGUACAGCUUCUUCACCUACACUACAUCCUCCAAGUCCUCUCAGAGAGCCUCCCACUUGUACUGUCUCCAUUCAUGAAGAGGAACUUGCCCAUACACCUGUACUUACUGAGACCAGUGAAAUCACAGCAUCUUCAGAACCUUCAAAUGUCUCAACUGCUGUAGAAACCAAGGAAGAUUCAGUUAAUCAGCAAAAAGAUCAUUUGCAGUCCCCAAAUACAUUGAAUCAAGUCCCUUCACAGCCCUUACACAGAACCAGUACAAUUGAAGACUCUCCACAAACCUCUGUAGAACACUUGUGCAAUACAGCUGCAUCUCUUACUCCCACUCAUCAGUCGUCAUCCUCCCAGCCUUCUCCUUCACCUUCUUUGACUUCUGGGGAUAAGCUAGAAUCAUCUUCUUUUAAAUCGGAGGCACCAGAACCUACUGUUACACUGACUGUGUCAACAGUCCAACAAUCCACACCUAAAUCUGAUCAAACUUAUUUUCCUCCCUCACAACCUCAAACUACAGACAUCGAAGAAGGAACAGAUUCAACAGUCGAAUCUCACAAAAUGUCUUCAACGUCUUCACAAUUUCCAUCCACCACUAAUCAGAUAAAAACUGAUUCUUUGUCCACAUCCAAUUAUACAGAUGCAGAUUCUUCUCAGUCCAAAAACAUGCCAGUGGAGACCAUGGCUGAUAAUCAUGAAGGCCAACAUUCACCUAAGGAGGAGGUUGUAAAUGAGGAAGAGGUUGUGACUAAGGAGACCGAGAAAGUGGAAAUAGACAGUGUUGCUGAAGACGAUGCAGGAGAAAAAGACGGCAUCUUAUCUCAGCCAAAAAGAAGGAAAUUGGUUAGUUUGCCAAAGGAACAGACACCCGGUGCUGCAGGAGUUGCCUCAUCAAAUUCAGAUAUCGAGUCCCAUGAUGACCUUAAGAUUGAUGGACCUGAUAAGCCAUCAGUAGAGGAGUCAAGAGAGGAUAAAGAGACCAGAGCUUCUGCCAAAAAACGAAGCAUCAGUAGGCAAAGCAGCCAGGAGUCAGUCCGUUCCUCUUCCCCAUCUUCUGUAUCCUCCUGUGGAACAAGAUCAUCACAGUCCAAAAAGGCGGGAGAGAGUAGGAGGCCUGCUAAAAGGAAACGGGAAGAUAUAAAGUCUGAAAAAGAAAAAAACGAAGAAGAGUCUGACAAAAAGCACCAGUCCAACUCUUCCUCCUCAUCUUCAGACUCUGAGGGCUUUAAUAGCAUAAAAAAAUGUUUGACAAGAUCAGUUCAAAAGAAGUUGGAGAAAGAUGGCAUGAUUGCUGAAAACGAAGAGAGCAGUAAAAGACAACAGGGGAGGUCAGACAAGAAGGGUAAAACCACAAAUACCACAGAAGGGGAGUCUAGUGGUGAAACGUGUUCAAGAGUGACCCGGAAAUCUGCAGGCCCACAGCCCAAUACUUUAGCCUCCCCUGAACCUGAGGUACUGGGCAAACGCUGCUCAGCACUUAAUGCUGCCGCCAAGCUCUUGGCAAUGAGGGGAAGAGGGCCAGACACACCCAGCCCCAGAAGUAAGACUGCUGCACAACAAAGCAAACCACCGUCCUCUGAAAAAAGCAGUAAACCCAAGGGGAAAACAGGACAGGACUCUCCCAAGAUGUCUAACAGUAAAGCAGCGAGUGGCCGGCAAACCCCAAAUCAGUCAAGUGAAUCACCACGGUCCUCUUCUUCUGCUAGAUCCACUCGGCAGCGACCGGGAAGCCUUGUUCCCCCCUUGGAAACAGAAAGGGUUAAAAAAGAAGAAAAGAAAAAGACAUCUGAGAAGGAAGAAGGUGAAGAUGAAAAUAGAGAGACUAGGUCUUCAGAAGGCCAUAGUGCCUGCAGUAGUAUAAGCAGUGAAAGAGGAGCAGGCAGUAUUAGAAGUCGGAGUAGCAGCAACAGCAGCCAGCGCACCCACAGUUUGAGCUCGCAGAGUACAGAGCCCACCCGCUCUCGUUCCAGGGCAGCAUCCUCUGGUAGUGAUACAGAGAGAGGCAAAAGUAUUUGGCAUAAGAGAGAUGGUGGCAGAGGCAGGGAGAGCAGGAAAGAGAGGAGGUCCCAGAAACAGGACAAACCUGAACUGAGUGCUGGAUCCAGCGAAGGGACCCCGGACAGGGUUCUCAGGAGUGUAGCUGCAUUGGCAGCUGCUCAGGCACGUACUCCAGCGAGCAACACACGUUCUUCAUCCACCCAAAACCGGCACUCCAAGACGUGAUGGGUGCAGAGAAUUAGCUUUAGGUUUAAACAAAGAGUUAGACAAGAACUUCAGCGAGGCACGAGUGCAGAGUUUAGUUUUGGAGGACAGUGGAUCAAUUUCAUUUAAAGGCCAUGGUUUAGCUGUAUGAGACUAGACGGGAAAAAAGAUAUGUUGCACAUUGUGAUUAGAUCUGACCUCGCCUUUGCCCUCUCAGCUAUCUUAAGUCAAGCCAUUUAUAAUGUGGAAAGGGUCUAUAGAUGCAGGACAGUGAUGAAGAUUUGGUCACCUAUUUAAAAAUAUGUCCUAAUAAUUUGAGUUAAAACCUGGAUGAUAUUUUACCCUGCCACAAAGACUUUGGAGACUUUACUGUAAUCAUAAAGACUGGAAGUACUACGUGUUAAAAGAUUGCUCGCAUAGAUUGUACACUUUUUACAGAGUUUAUGAGUGCUGCAAACAGUAUUGAUGAUAAAGUUGUUCAUUAAUGCUAUAUUGAAAUUAUUUAGUGGGGAUUGUACAAUUGUAAAGUUUUUAGACUGUUGCUUUCUGGAUAAUAUUUGUCAGCUGUUUUGACCAUUUGUUUGUUUCAAGUCAGUUGAUAAAUUACGAAAAUAUCUUCUUUAUCUUCCAGGGUAUGAAGAAGAGGGCAGAUCUAAAAAAUAAAAAAGUGAUUAUUUUUCCCCCCUUUUUUGUAUUUUCUCUGCACUACGCUGGAGUUACUAUUUGCUUAGAUCACCUGUCCUGUAUAAUGUUUCAGUCCAUUACUUUUAAAUUCUGCUGCUGCCUGCUUUUUCCCAUUUGCACAUCUUAAAUGUCCCAGACAUUGGAAGAUUGCAUUGUUGUUAAGGAUUUUUUUCUUCAGAACAUCAACUUGUCAGUACAUCUUUACUGGAACCUCACUGCAUUAUGUAAGCUCUAAAGUAAGUGUAUCUCUUGAGCUUGUGAUGAAUCUUGAAAUUUGCUUGUCAUUUUGCUUUAUAACAGUACAGAAAUGGGAGACAACAUCUUGCUAUUUUUCUUAUCUCUUUCCCAAAGUGUUAGUCAUUAUGAUCAUCUUUACACAUUAAAUUGUAUUCUCAAACACAGAAUCUACAUGAGUUUGAUAAAAUGAGAGUGCCUGUUGAUCCAUACAAGGAUCCAUGUUAACGUAUAGAAGUAUGGUCAUCUGUAGUGCUUCAAGUGUAAUAAACUCUUCCACCCUUAUUUGUAACAACACAAUUUCUGUUUAUGUGCAACCAAAACUGAAAUCAGUUCUCCAGUGAAAUUUGCUACUGUCAGCUAUUUUUAUUUCUGGAGUAUUGGUCCUUUUUAUGAAUGGACCGAUGCUGGAUGGGUAGGAAACACCUGAAAGAACUUCUUGAGAGAAAUAUCUAAAUAUCUCAUUUUUUGCUGAACAUCGGCAGUCAAGUGAGUUGUAGGGGGGGGGGGGGUAUUUAGUAGAUUGUGGUGAUGGUCUUAUUUCAUUUUGAUUUGUCUCUAUUCUAAUUUGUUACAUUCCUUAUGUUCCCUUGUAAUUCCACAUUGUUUUACUUGAAAGAUUGAAACAAAAAUGUAAGUUGAAUAAAAACCAAAAAUACA